AUGAUUAUGGAACUGCCUCGUCUGUGGCUGGCCCUCGCUGGCAUAGUCACCUACUACAUCACCCGGACUGUCUACCGGUUAUAUUUUCACCCGCUGUCGAAGAUCCCCGGUCCCAAACUCACCGUGAUCACCAACUUAUAUGAGCUUUACUAUGAUGUGAUUCUCGGAGGGAGAUUUCUGUUCCAGAUCGAGAAGAUGCAUCAGCGAUAUGGCCCGAUUGUACGCAUCAACAACCGGGAAGUGCAUGUCAGCGAUCCGUCGUUCUACGACGAAAUAUACGCAUCGAGUAGUCGCAAACGGGACCGGGAUAACGAUGCCUAUGCGGCAUUUUCGCUACCCUAUGCCACGAUCGGGACGAUGGGCCAUGAACACCAUCGCUUUCGACGGAGCCUGUUGAGUGAUUUCUUCUCGAAGCGGUCGGUGUUGGCGUUGUCGCCUUUCGUCGAGGAAAGAGUCGCGAAAUUGAUGGAGCGGUUCGAGGGGUUCCAUAAAGAUGGCAAGGCGGUGAAUUUGAGCAAUGCCUUUGCGGCGUUGACGUCGGACGUCAUCACGCAUUACUGUUAUGGGAAGACCUGGCACUUCCUGGAAGAUGAGGCCUUUCGGAGCGAUAUCCACAAGAGUACCGACGAGAAUAGCAGUUUUGCCCACAUUAACCGCUUCUUUCCGUUCGUGCCGGAGACGCUGCGCAAGGUGCCGCCGUGGGUGAUGUCCCUGGUUUUCCCGGGGAAGACUGCCGUGUUCGAGUUCCAGGAGUCAUUCCUGCAGCUGAUUUCGGCCAGUAUGCAGAGUGGAGAGAAGGUGUCUGAUAAGGGAGGCCGUGCGAUUUUCAAGAAGUUGUCGGACCCCGGUUUGCCGGAGAAGGAGAGAAGCUUGCGUCGUAUCGAGGAUGAGGUGUUUACGCUCCUGGGUGCGGGCACGGAGACCACGGCGAGUACUCUCAUGUUGAUGGUUUACCAUACCGCGCAGGAUAGGAGUAUUGUGGAGAAGCUUCGAGCCGAGCUGAAGCAGCUCAUGCCCACGCCUACCAGCACCCCGACAUGGACGGAGCUUGAGAAGCUACCAUACCUGACCGCGGUGAUCAACGAAUCGUUGCGCUUGUCGUAUGGUAUCAUCAUGCGGCUUCCUCGUGUAGCGCCGACGGAAACGCUGCAAUACAAGGACUAUGUCCUUCCCCCCGGGACCCCAAUGAGCACCUCCACCUGGUUCGUCCACCGGGACCCGGCCAUUUUCCCUGACCCGGACCGGUUCGACCCGGAGCGAUGGAUCCAAGCUGCGGCACGGGGCGAGAACCUGUCCCGAUACCUCGUAUCGUUCAUGAGAGGCAGCCGGGCGUGUGUGGGAAUGAAUCUGGCAUAUAGUGAGCUGUACCUGACAACGGCGCAUCUGGUCCGUCGAUUCGACUUUGAAUUGUACGACACCCGCCCGGAGGACGUCCGCAUCACGCGCGAUAAGAUUAUCCCGCAUGCUGAGAAGGGUAUGAUGCGGCUCAAGGCCAAAGUGACGGGCAUGGUAGAGGAGUGA